AUGUCGCGAUUCUAUCCCGUUCUUCACAUUAAUCGUAACUCUUUAUUGAAGCGGAGCAAUGGAAUGGAUUUUCGAUCGAAGGUGAUCAUCGGCGUUGGAGCUAUUAGCGUCUUGACUGCGUCCUACUGGGUUUACCUAUUCAUCAACCACCGUCGAAAAUCGAAGCGAGAUCAGGAUUCGGAAGAAAAGGAAUCCACCGACGACCCGAAAGUCGGAUCACCCACGAGAACGCGUUCGGAAAACGUAUCUGUGGAGGAAGCUCUGCAACAACUUCGAUCCUUGACGAAGCGCACUAGGCGAAGUGCGAACAAAGUCAGGGAACUGAUCACAAAAGAGGAGACAAAUCUUUUGAGAGCAAAACGAAGAGGAAAUGUUGAUUUCGCUGCCAUUCAUGAAGACAACAUCAAACGACUCAAUAGCAAAUUCAUUUACGAUACCCAACUGUCGGAGCGGUUGAAUGGUGCUGUUACCAAGAUUGAAUCUCACAUGCGUGCAAUGAAGGACUUGAACGAAGUGAAAGCACUGCUUCAACGAAUGAUGAUGACUUUGGACGAAGAAGAGGAAAAAUCGGUUCUAAGUUCAAUCACGGAUUUGGAACGUGAGCUCGAGCACGUCGAAGUUUGAAAGUUCUUUUGUGCCGUGUGAUCUGAAAUGUUUCAGCGACACAAUUCCCCAUUUUGUAGUGCCUACUUUUAUUUUCGCGUUUAUGCAAAAUUUUUGUAGAUCAGCCCGAAGUUAGCCUGAUCCGAGACUGCGCUUCCUUUGUAUUGCCUCUAAAAGCCAAGGAAACCUGACAUCUGAGCUAUCGAGACGAAU